UUAGAAACUAUGAAAUUCAAGACAUUGACGCUGCAACUCAUCGUCUUUUCCUUGCUUUGAAGCCAUGGAUGCGGAACAUUUCUGUCAGGGCUAUCUGAAUCUUAAGCCGAGAGAUGCAAGCUUGGUCGAUCUCAUUCUUCUUCUAUUUUCUGCUGAAUUGGAGCAAAGAAGGUUCGUCGACUGCCAUGAAAGACAGCCUCCCAGAAGUUUUGGCUAUCGAUGGGUUAUAUUCAUCUCUGUCAUCGCGCAGAAGGUCCUUUUCUUCUUGAGGAAACCUAUGGCAAUUGCAGGAUAUGCCCUCGAGAUGUGGCUAAAUCUUCUGUCUAGCAACGGAGGCUUUUACAUGCUUCUAAUUAAUGUCUUGAAAGGAAGGUUGGUGAUACCAGAUAGGUCAUCAGCAACCUUCACAUCUGUUGUGGGAUACUCUGACAUACGAGUUGAGUUAGACGCUCAGGUUAAACCUAAUGAUGACAGCAGAUAUUAUGCAUCACUUUCCCUCAUGGCCGCCAAACUGGUAUAUGAGAAUAACGCUUUCAUAAGCAACAUUGUCAAAAAUCACUGGAACAUGGAAUUUUUGGGGUUGUACAGAUUCUCGAAUGAUUACCAGAAACUCUUCUCAGUACAAGCCUUCCUGCAUCAAGACAAAAUGGUUAACCCUGAUGUGAUAGUAGUGGCCUUUCGAGGCACUCAGCCAUUUGAUGCAACGGCGUGGUGCACAGAUGUGGACAUCUCCUGGUAUGAUAUCCAAAACGUGGGUAAAAUACAUGGCGGCUUCAUGAAAGCUCUAGGAUUACAAAAGAACCGAGGUUGGCCCAAGGAUAUCGACCCGGAAAGCGAGCCCUCAUUCGCCUAUUAUUCAAUCAGAAAAAUGCUGAGAGAAAGGCUACAAAAUAACAAGGAAGCGAAGUUCAUAUUAACAGGACACAGCUUGGGGGGAGCAUUGGCGAUUCUGUUUGUGUUUGUGCUAGUGUUCCAUAAAGAGUCAUGUUUGCUGGAAAGAUUAGAAGGCGUGUACACAUUUGGGCAGCCGAGGGUGGGAGACGAGCAAUUUGGAAAGUUUAUGGAGAGAAAUUUAAAGGACUAUGAGGUGAAUUAUAAGAGGUAUGUUUAUUGCAAUGACAUGGUUCCAAGGUUGCCAUAUGAUGAUAGAAACCUCUUUUUUAAGCAUUUCGGGGCCUGCUUCUAUUACGAUAGCUUUUACCAAGGGAAGGUUAUGAAGGAGGAGCCGAACAAGAAUUACUUCUCUUUGUUAUGGGCUCUACCCAAGUACGUAAAUGCAUAUUGGGAGCUGAUUAGAGGUGCUGUUCUGCCUUAUAUAGAGGGUCCGGAUUAUAGAGAAGGUUGGUUUUUGAGAUUGUAUAGAGUGAUUGGGUUGGCGAUUCCUGGAUUGUCAGCUCAUGGCCUUCAAGAUUACAACAAUGCUACUCGAUUGGGUUCCUUAGCGUCGGUUCCCCAAGCCCAAGAUCUGAUUCAGUGAUUCGAACUUGAAUUGCCCCAACAAACGAGUAACUAAGUGACGCAUGUAGAAUGUAGCCCAAUACCCUCAUUUUAGUAAAUUUCCCCCAACAAGCAAAUCUUCAUUCAGCAAUAUUAUAACCAAAUCCUAAGGACGAUAACCAUCACUUUACUUGUAGCUCAAACUUAAAUAACUGUAAUGUUGUUAAAUGAGAGAAUGGGGAGUUAGUCUACCUAUGAAUUUAUUUA